GGCAAUUGGUGCACGUGCCUCGAGCUUUCACGCGUGUUCGUAAAGUAGUUGGACGAGGCUGUCGCAAGCCAUCUACAACACAUCACAUACGAUCCGAGGCAUCAAGGAUGAAUUCAUACAACGCACCUGCAACGCAGGAAUAUGCUGGAGAUGAGAUCAAUGCUCUGGUCCUCGAUGCCGGUUCCUUCACUACUCGUGCCGGUUUCGCUGGAGAAGACACGCCUAAGUCUGUGAUUCCCUCCGUCUAUGGCUCAAUUGCUUCCGCCGAUGCCGACUCGAAGUCGCGCUACCUCUUUGGUGAGAAUGCCAUCCACAACCCUUACCAACCCCACAUGGACAUUCGCAGUCCUUACGACGCAGACGGUAUCGUCGAGGACUGGGACGCUGCUUCGAGACUAUGGGAAUACAGCAUCACCUCACGAUUGACGGGCGCCAAACCGACUCCUGCCGCAAAGAACGGCCUAAACAUUGACAACGAGGAUGGAGACAAGCCCGAGGAUGGAGACGGUGAUGUUGCCAUGGAGGGUAUUGAAGAGCAAGAGAAACCGAUGAGCGAACACCCACUGCUCAUGUCAGAGCCUGCCUGGAACCCGGCGAAGCACCGCGCAAAGUGCAUGGAGAUUGCGCUUGAAGACUGGGGUGCUCCGGCCUUCUGGCUGGGCAAGACUGGCGUUCUGGCUGCAUUUGCUUCAGGGAAACCCAACGCUCUGGUCAUCGACAUUGGAGCUAGCACAACCUCCGUCACUCCCGUACAUGACGGUUUCGUUCUGAAAAAAGGCGUCCAGAAGUCGUCAUUGGGCGGCAACUUUGUCUCGGAACAAUUGCGUCUACAGUUCUCCAAGAUGGAACCUGCAGUAUCUCUCAUGCCCCACUACAUGGUCAAGUCAAAGUCUCCCGUCGACGCUGGCCAACCUGCCAACGCUGUAUACAUCAAACAUGACAUUCCUCCGACAGAUUCUUUCAGAAAGAAUGAGGAAGAGCGCAUCUUCACUUCUUUCAAGGAGAGCAUGGUACAAGUGUGGCAAGGUCCUGGUAAGCUUGAUUUGACAGACAACAUGAACAACCAACCCAACGUCGAUGUCAUCAAGACUCUUCCUCCACGGCCAUUUGAGAUGCCUGACGGCUGGAACCAAGUCUUUGGCAUCGAGCGCUUCAGAGUCGCCGAGGGACUGUUUGAUGCUAAAGCAGCACUUACUGAUGACAGCCAUCCUGCGCCGGAUCAGAAACAUACCAUUACACAGAUGGUCCAAGCUGCUUUGUCGGCUGUGGACGUUGAGAUCAGACCCGUGCUAUUGAACAACAUCGUCCUCACUGGAGGCGGCAGUCUGCUCGACAAGCUCGCAGAACGUCUCCACAACGAGCUCUCCACACUAUACCCCAACCCUCGCGUCAGAGUACAUGCCAGCAACAUCGUGACAGAUAGAAAAUACGGUUCAUGGGUUGGUGGCAGCAUUCUCGCAAGUCUGGGCACUUUCCACCAGAUGUGGAUUUCAAAGAAGGAGUAUGAGGAGCACGGUUCGAGCAUCAUCGAGAAACGAUGCAAAUAAUGACACAUGAAAGACAGGCGAAAUGGCGUUCUCAGGCAUACCAUAGCAAGUCAAAGAGGGAAGCAUGUUAGUUGAACGGGAAAAUACCAGACGAAUAGGAAGACCAACAAAGACGAAGCUCAGCUAUGAUCAAUAGAAGCACCAUUGAUCUGCCACUUUAUGAUACACUUUGAACAGCUGUAUAAGAAGUUUUGCGGCAAGAAUUGGCGAGUGAGAUGGCGAUUCACAUACCAUAUCUGCCAAGAGGAGCAUGAGUCGGCUAGUGCGGGCUGGAUGCGCGACAAGCAAGCAAGCAGCAAAGCUCAAGUGAUGGU